AUGGAGAAGAAUCUAGAAGCUUCUUCAGCCCGUUCUCAGGGCCCUUCGGAACAGGAAUCUCCUGGCAGGCCCAGCGCAACCGUGACGCCGACGCAACCUGGAUCGGUGGCCUUAUCAUUCGCUCCAGGAAGGGCCCGUUACGACCAAGUGGCCUACAAUUUCACACCUUCACAAGGUGCGACUUCUACGUCCGGAACCAGCUAUUAUCGCUCCAAGCGCAAAGGAGGCGCUUGGUCAAGAGACCCAGAUAAAGACGAUGGGAAGACAGAUAUCACAGCUACGACGGACGCUUCCUUUUACUCCUACCACUCAUCGAGAGACCUUGCCGCAUUUGUCAGGGAAAUGGACGGAAGAAUGUUUAACAACCAGAAUGAACUCUAUAUGCUUCCUAGUGACAAUCAAGAAUUCCAACGACUACAAAAGCAACAUUACGCCUUCGUAUUGAGCGAAGGCGGCUUAACGCCGUGCCAACAUAUUGUAGAGAGCAUACUUCGUCCAUCUGAUGAAGGUGAACCACGCUCCGUGCUUGAUCUUGGCUGUGGCUCCGGUAUCUGGGCCAUCGAAAUGGCGAAAGAGUAUCCAAACGCCUCGAUUGUGGCGCUUGAUCUAGCCCCGGCGCCGAUUGACCUCGAAAAUAUUCCUCCAAACUGUCGCUUCGAGAUUGAUGAUGUCAACUUGGGACUUUCCCACUACCACGGCAACUCCCGAUUCGACGUUAUUCACACACGGUGCAUUGGCAGUGGAAUAAACAACUACGCAAACAUGAUGCGAGACGUCGAAGCGUGUCUCAAGCCCGGUGGCCUUGUCAUUUUCAUCGACGGCGACAUGCGGAUGUACGAAGAAGACGGCGUGACGCCUGUGCCAGUGGGUGAAGAAGAUGAAAAUGGAGUGGAAAUUGGAGAAGGAUCUUGGCUACAUAGAAUCGCCCGAGAGGUUAGGUAUGCUGCCAUAUACAGGGGAAGUGACGUGCCAGGCUUGGAAGACUGUAUUGAUUUGGGCCUCUUCGGUCAUCCGCUCAUUGAGCCGUCGUCAAUCCGCGCCGCCUCACUUUACACUCCUAUUGGACCGUGGCCGGAGUCACCCUACGCCUCAGAGCAACAGCAACUUCGUUAUGCGGGUGCCCUAAUGCGCCAGGAUCUUAUACAACUUUCUCGUGCAUGGCAUCCUAUCCUCAAGGUCUCUGGGAUCGACCAAGCGACUCUCGACCGUUGGUCAGAGCGGGUCGACAAAGAGCUACUCACCGGCAAAUUUAAAAUGCUUUGGCAUUGGAGAACUACAUGGGGGCGGCGGAAACUCGAGGAUCCUGACGGACAGCCGAUUGAUACAACACCGGAAGACACCAUACAAACUUAUGAUCUACCCGACGAGGCGCCUCGUGCUUAUAAUUUCUUCAGAAUGUUCACGACUGCUCAGGAAGCCGCAGCGUUUCGCGAGCUCCGAACAGAAAAGGCCAAGCAUCUACCUCUGCCACUUGUUGUCAAAAUGUACGAAGAAGCUCAGAGUACGGUCUAG